GCGGCUGACAGCUUUGACAGUUCGGCUUGGUUUGAAAUUUUUCUCUAACCUCCCUCCAACAAUCGAUUCGGGAAGCGUCCGCGGUUAAUUUUGUUUGUUCCGAUAAAAAUCAGUGAAAAUCCGAUUUAUUCUUGAAAACUCGGCCCGCUCGCAACUCGCUCGCGAUGGAACGCAAGCCGGAAACGCAAAUCCAGAACGCGCCCAGCGACAUCAUCUCGUCGUGCAAGUUCUCACCCAACACGAACCAGUUCCUGCUGGUGUCCAGCUGGGACUCGAGCGUCCGGCUGUACGACGUGGUCAACAACACCCUGCGCCAGAAGUACUACCACGAUGCACCGGUGCUGGACUGUGCCUUUCAUGACUCCGUCCGCACGGUCAGUGCCGGGUUGGACAACCUGGUCAAGCUGUACGACCUGAACACACACGCCGAGAGCAUCCUCGGGAAUCACGACGCCGGCGUCAAGUGCGUCGAGUACUCGUCCAAGGCGAACGGCAUCCUGACCGGAAGUUGGGACAAGACGGUGAAGCUGUGGGACGUGCGGGACAAGGAUUGUGUUGGGAAGUACGAGCAGAGCAAUGGGAAGGUGUACUCGAUGAGUUGCAUCGACGAGAAGCUGGUGGUGGCCACGUCGGAGCGCAAGGUGCUCGUGUGGGACCUGCGGAACAUGGGCCAGUACCUGACGCGGCGGGAGUCCUCGCUGAAGUUCCAAACCCGCGCCAUCCGGUGCUUCCCGAACAAGGAGGGCUACGUGAUGAGUUCGAUCGAGGGCCGGGUGGCGGUCGAGUACUUCGACAUGGACCCGGAGGUGCAGAAGAAGAAGUUUGCGUUCAAGUGUCACCGCUCGAAGGAGGACAGCAAGGAGCUCAUCUAUCCGGUGAACGCCAUCAGCUUCCACAACGUGUUCAACACGUUCGCGACGGGCGGCUCCGACGGGUACGUCAACAUCUGGGACGGGUUCAACAAGAAGCGGCUGUGCCAGUUCCAUCUGUACGACAGCUCGAUCUCGGCGCUGGCCUUCAGCUACGACGGCAGCACGCUGGCCAUCGCCUGCUCGUACCUGGACGAGGCGGAGGUGCCGCCGGAGCCGGUGCCCGACCCGACGCUGUACGUGCGGUACGUCAGCGAGGCGGAGACGAAGCCGAAAUAAGGGGGAUGUCUGUCGAGGGGGCUGUAGGUCGUAAGUUCUUUUUAAUAUUCUCAUUGUAAUAAACCUUUUUCAUGUGUAA